UUGCAUUAUUUGAUGUGUCGUGUGGAAUGUUUUAUUUCUGUGUACAUGCACAUUUUAUUUGAAUUGUUUUAAUAAUUGUCUUUAUUAUCAUCCUGUUGUUGAAAAUGCGCACCACUGCGCAAUAGUGACGCUUUGAAAUAUUAUGUGUGGGCCAGGCAGUGCGCGGUACAGUUGAGAUCUCAGUGUUUUGUUUACAACAUGGCGGCUAGCUUUGCUUCACAUGUUUGUCAAUGAAAGCCAACUAAAAGGCCAAACGCCAUUAUAAGGCAGGGUAAACCUAGUUGUUCCGGUUCCCUCGUCUGGACAUUUUUGCAGCUAAAUUCAGCACCUGUUCCAGGAAGACGAUGACUGACAUAUGUUCUGAACCUGCUGGAGCCAUCAGAGCCAUUGACAAAGACUCGGUGCAUCAAAUCUGCUCAGGUCAGGUGGUGCUGACCUUGGCCACUGCAGUGAAAGAACUGGUGGAAAAUAGCAUUGAUGCUGGAGCUACCAACGUUGAUGUCAAGCUGAAGGAACACGGAAUAGAACUAGUGGAAGUGUCUGAUAACGGAAAAGGCGUUGAGGAGGCCAAUUUUGAAGGAUUAACAUUAAAACAUCACACUUCCAAGUUGAGAGACUUCUCUGAUCUCAUCCACGUGGACACAUUUGGCUUCAGAGGUGAAGCCCUCAGCUCAUUAUGUGCUCUGAGUGACCUAAGUGUGGUGACGUGCCAUGAGUCCAGUCCUGUGGGGACCAAGCUCGUUUUUGACCACAGAGGUCACUUGGUUCAACGACUACCUCAUCCCCGGCAGCGAGGCACCACAGUCAGCCUGCAGCAGCUCUUCGUAACGCUACCUGUGCGACACAAGGAGUUCCAGCGCAACAUUAAGAAGGAGUUUACCAAAAUGGUGCAUGUGUUGCAGUCUUACUGCAUCAUCUCCACAGGAGUGCGCAUUACCUGCUCCAACCAGAGUGGACAAGGGAAGCGCAACACAGUCGUUAGCACAAGUGGAAGUCAAAAUAUGAGAGACAACAUAGGAGCAAUAUUUGGGCCCAAACAGCUACAGAACCUUUUAACUUUUCACCAAGUCUCCCCAAGUGAGAAUAUCAUGGAAGAAUAUGGACUCAAGGAGGCAGACCCCACUAAAAGGAUCUUUAGCAUUACAGGGUUGGUGUCACAGGCAGACCAUGGCGUUGGAAGAAGUGCCACGGACAGACAAUUCUUUUUCAUUAACAAGCGACCCUGUGAUCCACAUAAGGUGACUAAAGUCGUCAAUGAGGUUUACCACAUGUACAACAGGCAUCAGUAUCCGUUUGUUGCCCUCAACAUAGAGGUUGCGUCAGAGUGUGUGGAUGUCAACGUGACGCCAGACAAACGGCAGAUCUUCCUCCAGGAGGAGAAACUCUUGUUGGCUAUUCUCAAGUCUUCUCUCAACGGCAUGUUUGAGGCCGGUGUCAAUAAGCUCAGUCUGAACUGCAGUCUCAUACCCAGCAACAUGACCGCAUCCAAAAUGCAUGCAUCUCCAUCUGAAGAAAACGUGCCAGAACCCGAAGAUAACAAGGGACGAGUGACACAAAACACAAAACCAUCCCUAAAUCUGGCCGGUCUGAAGGCUGCGUUCUCAAGUCACAACAGCUCCAAUGUUUCCAUCAAAUUCAGCAACAGUGGCCCAACACAGAAAACCAUUCAGACUUUUUUCAAGGACACUGUGAAAUCUCAUUUUAGCAAUCCAAGCGUAAAAAUUCCUUCAGAAUCCACCCAAAAGUUAAACACACCCACUUCCUCAGUGGGGAGGUCGGUGCUCGAUGGGUUCAGGUAUGGCAAUGUUGCUUCUUGCAGUGAUACGGACUCUAAAGACAUGGAUCGAUCCAGUUGUGACAUCAGUCCUUUGUUAGAUAGUCAGAAGAAUGAUAUGGAAACACCCAGCGUCAAAAGUGAAGCCUCUACAGAGUCAAGAAAAAGCCAUAAAGUUCUCCAGGUGAUGGAAUUGCAAGCUGAUCCUAACACUUACAGUAAGCGCUUAUACGUGAGUCCAGAUCCUAAGAGAGCCAGGAAACAGAUUCCACACACGUCUACGUCGUCCUUUGUAAUGGACGCGCCCGUCUGCGUACAAAAGAGGGUGGUGUCUCACUACUUUUCCUUGGAAGAACUAGCAGGUAAGAUUAGGAGGUUACGGGACCAAAAACAGAAGCAAAAAGACUGCGAGGAGCUUCAAUACCGACGCUUCAGAGCCAAAAUCAACCCGGGAGAAAACCAAAGUGCCGAGGAGGAGCUAAAGAAGGAGAUCAGCAAAGAUACGUUCAAAGACAUGGAGAUAAUUGGACAGUUUAAUUUGGGCUUCAUCAUCACCAAGCUCAACUCUGACAUCUUCAUGAUCGACCAGCACGCCACUGAUGAGAAAUACAACUUUGAGCUGCUGCAGCAACACACCGUGCUCCAAGGACAAAAACUCAUCGCCCCUCAGAAACUUCAUCUCACCGCAGUGAGUGAGAGCGUACUGAUGGAGAACAUCGAUAUUUUCAGAAAGAAUGGCUUUGAAUUUCUUAUUGAUGAAGAUGGUCCGGUGAUGGAAAGGGUCAAGCUGGUUUCGCUGCCCACAAGUAAGAAUUGGACGUUCGGGCCAGCAGACAUCGAGGAGUUGAUCUUCAUGUUGAGUGACAGCCCAGGGGUCAUGUGUCGACCAUCGCGUGUCAGGCAGAUGUUCGCCUCCAGAGCUUGUCGGAAAUCUGUGAUGAUCGGUACAGCCCUGAGCACCAGUGAGAUGAAGAAACUGGUGGUUCACAUGGGUGAGAUUGAGCAGCCGUGGAACUGUCCUCAUGGCAGACCCACUAUGAGACACCUACUCAACUUGGAUAUCAUCUCACAAGACAGAUAGCAUCAUGAACUACUUUCUUUAAUCCAAAGAUGAGGAUACAUCCUGUAUAUAUUUAGUUCAUAUUCUAUUUGUGACUAUUUUUUUACAGGUAAAAUUGCUCCUUUUACACUUUUUAUGUUAAAACUGUAUAUUAAAUGUUUUUAUGCCAAAUUUGUA